AGUAUUUUAUUUAUUGAAUUAACAGUAGAUGGUAAUUAAAAAAAUGGAAUGUAAAUAAAUGGAAAGGAGGUAAAUGGCUUCCGCGCACCUCUGUACUUAAUUUUCCUUAACAUUCCUGUCGGUCUAAGAUUGUGAUAAUCACCUUAUAAUGGAUUUUUUUGCAAUACUCUUUGUAUCCAUAAUUUCUGUAUUUUUUGGUAUUAUUUUAACUUUAUGCAUACAGUAUUACGUUUUCUAUGUUUACUUAAAAAAGAGCCCCAUUGCCAGCAAUGUAACUCAUAAGAAAUCCUAUGAUUAUAGUUUGCCAAAUGUAAGUAUCAAUAAUCAUCGGAGGAUUGUUGCCUAUAAUUCUGUAUUGCAGGCAAUUAAGAAGCAGCUCGAGGCUGGAGAUGUAUCAGACAAGCCUAAAGACGGCUUGGCAGUAAAUUUAGUGCUACAGUUCCUUUUUCAUGAGUUAAGACAUUCAGAGACUAUUAAGAGAUGGCUCUACAAGAAAUUGUCCAUGGAGUUUGAUGAAUUGCUUACUAAAACUGCCAUGGGCAAGUUUUUUGACUCAAUCACUAUAAAAGACUUACACUUGGGUUCUCAAUUCCCAGACAUAAAAGACAUUUCAAUAGAAAAUGUAAAAUUAGACCCAAAAAAUGAACAUAUUGAAGUUCUAAGUUUAGUAUUGAACCUGGACUAUUUGGGCAACUUUUUCAUGUGUAUUGAUGCCAAAAUGAAGUUUAGUAAGACUGCUUAUCUAUCAAUCAAAGUUAAAAAAAUUAGUGGUUCAGCUCGGCUACAGUUUAGUAGGGAACCAUACACACAUUGGUCCUUUAGUUUUUACAAUGAACCAAUCUUGGAUUUGGCAGUGGAGUCACAUUUUCAAGGCAGGCAACUGCAAUCCAACAUCACCAACCUUAUAGUGCAUCAAAUUAAAAAGGCGAUUAAAAGGAAGCACACUUUACCUAAUUAUAAAAUUAGAUAUAAACCAUUUUUUGUUAAAACUGAUCCUAGUCAGUUGGAUGUUGAGGAUACCGACCUGCCAGUACAAGGAAUGUUGGAUAUGAACAUUUCUGAAAUUUCCAGGUUAUGUUAUCCUGAAGGCGCUAACAGUAUUUAUCUUACUAUGGCUGUGGACUCGAUCCCCUGGAUCUCUUUAUACCAAAAAAAAGACGACACCAUCAUAAUGACCCUGGAAAUCACCAUGGCCAAACUAAAACAGACCCAACUGGGGGUGAUUUUUAGACAGGAACCUGGGGCGGUAGUGGUGGAUAGUGUGACAAAUAAUUCUUGUGCUUUUCAUGCCGGUCUAAAGCCCUCGGAUGUGGUCAUUUCGGUGGAGAAUAAAUCAGUUACCACGGUGCCUCAGGUGGCCAAGUAUAUGAAGUCAGUUUCCGGCACUCAUGUGACCUUGCGGGUGGAGAGAGUGGUGGAGAAUUAUAUUAUUAAGUGGAAGGGCGAGGAGAAGGAUGGAGGUGUGCAGGUGGCCAUUGAGGUGAAAAGUGAUGAUAGUGAGUCGGAGUUGACCCAAACCGAGCAAGAAUCCUUCGUAAUCGUUGACAGUGUAAAAAAAGAAGAACGUAAACCGCGCUCGCCGAAAAUCAUCCCCGGUAACGAAAAUAUGGCCAAACUGGCGCAAACAAUCAGCAAUUUCAGUUUGAGAAAAAGAAAAGGUGCAGGUGCGUCCCCAAGUACGCCCCAAAGAGCCCGCGUAUCCUCCUCGGCCAAAAAAAAUUCAGCCACAGACUUACCGGAGAUCGUACGGACCGAGGCGGACACUUUAGAAUGCGAACAGAUAUUUUCGCAAGUCGAGGUCCUAAGAGGUAAAGAGCUUCAGGCCGCAUCGUUUCUACUCUUCGACGAUGACUUUAGGUUUUCCAUCAAAGACGGCUCUAAAUAUUUGAAUAUUAACGCAUGGGCCACCGUAACCGACUCUCCGGACAUUCUUUUAGGUUACCUUAACAUACCUCUUAGUUUUAUCGCGUCAGAAUGUUCCGUGAGUGUAUUGGGACACCAUUGUAGGCGAUAUUCCUUCUUACCUCCAGGAGUAUCCACAACGGCUCACCCUCUAAGGCUGCACUCCGGCUUCGAGCAAGUGUUUUGCUUCGGGGACGCCCUGCUCACGUUCUCGUGGAGUUCCACGUUCUGCGAGGCCUCGGAGGUGCCGAAAAAGCCCCCGUCGGAGGACUUUUGCGCCCCCGUAGAGACGAAGACUGAUUCGAUCGAAGUGGCCGACAAACACGAUUUCGUCAGGACCCAGUUUCACGGCACUACACACUGUGAUUUUUGUUCUAAGAAGAUAUGGCUAAAAGACGCAGUACAAUGCCGACAGUGCGGCAUGUGCUGCCACAAAAAGUGCGUGGCCAAAUGCCAAACUACCGGGGGCACCUGUUCGGCCGACAAGCCCCCACUACUAUCGGUCAGAAUGACUGACGUGUCGAUUUCUGACGUCAUCUUACAGCCAGACGGCAUAGAAGACAUGGAACCCUCCUCGACUGUGACGGAGACCACCUUGAAGAGGGUGAAUAGCGUGUCCAAUUUAAGCAUUCCAGGUUCUCCGUCGUUUGCGUCGCGUAGUUUACCGCAUAGCCCCCAAAAGACCCCCAGUAGGAAACAGUCUCUGGUUAGUACUAGUCCGUUUUCGUUUUGCCCCACUGCUUUGGAGGAGGUGCAGAGGAAUCCUCAAGAGGCUGCCGAAACGGUUUGUAGGUUGUUAGAGCAGGUGAUGCAGUGUCCCCCGGACGAAAGUUUGAUGGAUAAUGCCAAAGAGACCGGACAAAGGAUGUACGUGGGAUUGACGUCGGACGAGAAAAAGGACAAAAUUAAUUUAAUGAUGGCUGAACUAAAGAAAACCCUCGAUCUCUCCACGUCCGAGCAUAUGGAACUCACAAAACGUUUGAGUACCGAAGAAUCGGAGGUGGAGAAGGCGAAACUGGCGUUUCUGAUUGGUCAGGCGGAUGCCAAGGUGCACGCUCUCUCUGUCUUAAUGUUGCAUUAUUGUUCCGGCCUUCAGUACACUCAAGAGAAAAUCGUUUAGUUGCGUUUUAAAUGUCGAGAAAAAUCGUCAUAGUUCCUUUAGUUUUUAAAUGUAUUUAUUUUUUAUCGGGAAAGGAUAGUAUUAUUUAUUAUUAAUUACCUUAUACAUAUCUAAUAAAUAGGACAAAAAAAAUGGGCUUAAUUAUAUAUAUUAAGGCCUAAUCGGUGA